CCUAUUUCUUCCGGGAAACCCUUGCGGCUGCACUCAUGUCUCAUGUCUUCACCAGUACCUGUUUACAAUGCAAUCGCAACAUUAAAUGAAUGAACAAAUAUAUUUUUUUAAGAGCAUAACGAUAAACCAUUAACUCACAACAUGCUACACUGCUUUGUCGCUGUUCAUUGUAAGUUACAGUGUUGUUGUGCUUCCGAACUGUUUUAACAUUCAGCAUCGAUAUGCUGCUGUGUUUUCGCAGACCCGUACCUUGAAAUACGUCACGUGCUGACAGGGAGGACAGCAAAGAAAUGACCAAGAUGCUUCUAUUUUGUAGUCCUUUGACUUUGGCAUUCCGCAGACUGACUUUGAGGUCAUGGAAAGGUGUUGAUCGUGACCACAGCUACAGAAUGCUCAGGCAAGGUUGGAGGAGGUUGUGGUAUUCUUGGAGACCCUAUACUGGCUCAGUGCCUCCAAGCCUUGUUGCUGAUCUCAAAAAUGUGGAGAUACCAACUCAGAAUGAGAAAAGCCUUCACACACCUGUUAUGGUCAAAGAAGUGCUGCAGUGUUUGGACAUCCAACCAGGGCAGGUGGUUUUAGACUUGACCUUUGGGGCAGGAGGACACUCGAAGGCCAUUCUGCAAUCAGUGCCUGGUGUCACAGUGGUGGCUGCAGAUCGUGACCCCUUGGCCUUCCAACUGGCUCAGCAUUUAGCUCAAGAAUACCCGGGCCAAGUAAAGCCGGUGCUGGGAAGGUUCAGUGAGCUGGAUAAACUGCUCCCAUCGCUGGAUGUGGAUGUUGCCCUUCUAGACGCCGGAUGCUCAUCUAUGCAGAUGGACUUAGCGGAGAGAGGCUUCUCCCUCAGCAAGGACGGACCCCUAGACAUGAGGAUGGAUGGAGACAGGUACCCCGACAUGCCCUGCGCGGCUGACGUGGUCAACGCCUUAGAUCAACAGGCGCUUGCGUCCGUGCUGGCCGCGUACGGGGAGGAGCGGCACACCAGGAAAAUUGCGGCAGCCAUCGCACAGGCACGCAGCGUCUACCCCAUCAGCCGGACUCUGCAACUGGCCAGCAUCGUAGCAGGAGCAUUUCCAGCCAGUGCACUGUACGCCCGCCGUGACCGUCUGCAGAGACCUUCACACGUCGCCACCAAAACCUUCCAGGCCUUACGGAUAUUUGUAAACGAUGAGCUGAACGAGCUGCACGCUGGCCUGCGUGUGGUGCAGUCUAUGCUUCGUCCCAAGGGACGACUCUGUGUUCUCACCUUCCAUUCUUUGGAGGACCGGCUGACCAAACGCUUCCUCCGCGGAGAGGACCUAGCUGCACCUCCGCGGCGCAGCAUUAGACAGCGAGCCAGAGCCCUGCGUGAAGCAGAAGUAGAGGAGCAUGAUGAGGAGGAAGAGGGUGAAGAAGAGGAGAAGGGACGAGAGAGCGCGCACUGGGUCAUUCCUCAGAAGAAAGUGAUGAAGCCAAGCGAAGAGGAGGUGCAGAAGAACCCGAGAGCACGAUCAGCUAAACUCAGAACAGCUAUAAGACGAUAGAGAACUUUGCUUUUAUCUCAAAUCCUAUAGCCUGUAUACAGUAUAUUGUGUUAAAUUAAUUUAAAGUCAGAAAAACCCAUACACUCCUAAAACAAUUCAAGGGAAACUGCUUGGCUGUAGUCCUAUAUGUCUAAUAGGGAGUGCUCAAGGUUGAGUCCAUUACCUGCUGAGCCACUGUCUUCCAAUUACACCAAUAAAUAGACUUUACCACGUUUCUGGCUUUGUUACUUCAGCUCAUAGCCAAAUUCAGGAUCACUUCACACGUGGGUUCUUUCCAACUCUCACCUUUUCCCUACUAAUUUUUGCUGCAUUGAUGACUAUAGUGCCGAAGUCCGACUGCUUCCUGUGAAGUUUCUAUUAUCAGCUAAAAUAAGCGAGUAUUCGCAGCCAAACAAGAGGCCAAGGAUAUUUUAAAGUGUAGAAUCAUUUAUAUCUUAUUUAAUGUAUGGUAAAAGUUUGAUCUGAUUUGCAUCACUACAUUUAGGACAAGUGGGGUGCACGCAUGGCCAUUUAUAGAGUCUGCAUGCAUGUUGGCAAUGCAGCAUGUGACAGAAAGAAAGAGACGAAGAGAUUGCGUCGCUAUGCGGCGGCCUCUCUUCCUUUGUUGAGCUAGUGGGGGUGAGUCACACACCUGCAGGACUUGGGUGGGAUUCAGCUGCCAUGGUAAUACCGAGCGCCUUGUGUACUGUACUUCGGGCCCCUGAGUCGCUUCAGAUCUGAUUCAAAUAUCCAAACACCUCACCAGCAGUGUGGAACAGGAUGAAAAUAUUUUCUCUGAGCUCACAGCCUCUGAUUUUAACACCUCUUUAUAUUCGUUCACUCUGAAUGACAAUGUACAUGCUUACUGUACCGCGUCCUGAAUGAUACUGAAUAAACCGUUUCAAUCAAA